AUGCCGCUGGAAACGCUCUCUCUCAAAUGUCCUUGUGGCUAUAUCAAACAUGACGUUAUGUGCUUGGUAGAAUGGCAGAAUUACGGACAACGGAUUCUCAAGUUCUGUGGCAGGCUUUUUACCUUGGAUUUAAAUGGCGACGGCGUCACGUGCCGUAAAUGUAACAAGAAGAGUAAUGUAAUCGAGUUUCAUUGUUCUUUCUACGACAGGACAACCGAUAUUGGCGUGGAGUACCGAGUGAAGAAGCACACCGGACGAGCCGUCUCUAUGCAGAUGUCAGUGCAUAAAACUGUUGUAUUUUUCAACUAA